CUUACGAUGUCGGACAUUUAUGAAGUAACGAUAAGCUUACGUCUUACCUACCUAGUCAUGACUGGAUUUACGAAGGGUUUGUAACGGACUCCAUGAGUUUAGGAGAUAGAUUAAUCUAAAAUGCGUGCAAUUUAGCCUAUGAUUUCUACAUAGCUGAAAUAGGUUCGAUUGGCUAGCCCCGUAGUCCAAAAAUGUUACAUAAACUGACUUGAUUCUUGAUGAUUGAAAUACUAUUCCGCCCAAAAGACUUCUGUCUGAUGAAACUGAAGUCGAAAAAAGAUCAGAAACAUUUGCAUCUGAAACUUUCUUGAGCCGUCCCAUUGAUUUAACUUGUGCAGGGAAUAAAGGAGCAGCAUCAACCCAGCUAAUAGAGGUCACGGGAAAUUUCUUCAUUGGGCAAUCCAUCAAUAUCAGAUGAAGCCGUAAGAGCAGUUUUUUACUUCCAAUAUUCACUCACGAAAUCUCUUUGGCACAUCUAAACUCCUGCAGCUCUUAUAACUGGCUUUGGCGAAAGGGAAACUUUAUUCAUCGUAUUAUCCUGGACUUUUGGUACUGCUAAGAACAUUGGCCGAGUAUUUUACAGAUUAUAAUGUCCUUGCGUAGGCCUCCGCUUCCUCGCCUUCUCCUGAACAAUGUCUCUUGCAUGCGAAAUGCUCAGCAAAUACUUCGUCAUGUAAAUGUUUCUGUUCAUGAUGGUGGUGCACUUGUGCUGACAGGCACCAAUGGCUCAGGCAAAACUACUUUCUUGCGCAUGUUAGCAGGAUUUUCCAAACCAUCAGCAGGUGAGAUACUCUGGAAUGGUCAUGACGUCACAGAAUCUGGCGUUUUCCAUCAGUACAAGCUUCAGCUUAAUUGGCUCUCUCUUAAAGAUGCUAUCAAAGAUAAGUUCACCGUCCUUGACAAUGUUCAGUGGUUUGAAGUUCUUGAAGGCAAGCAAGGAAGGUCUCUGCCUGCUUUGGAGCUUAUGGGACUUGGACGAUUGGCAAAAGAGAAAGCAAGAAUGCUUUCUAUGGGUCAACGAAAAAGGCUGCAGCUAGCAAGGCUGUUAGCAAUUGAUCGGCCAAUUUGGUUACUUGACGAGCCUUCCGUGGCAUUGGACGAUGAUGGGGUGAAAUUGCUAGAAUAUAUAAUUGCAGAGCACAGAAAGAAGGGAGGGAUCGUCAUUGUGGCCACUCAUCUGCCAAUUAAGAUUGACGAUGCAAUGAUCUUAAGAUUGCCGCCAAGGUUCCCAAGGAGGAUGACUUUAGUAGACAUGCUUGAUCGAGGUGGAUUAGAUUGAGGAUAUUGAUAUUCCUAAUCCAAACAUGUGAAAUGGUUUAUUGGAGAAACGUCAUGGAUCAAACAAAAAUCACAAGUAGGACUUCAGAUAAAAUGAAGAUUCUUCAUUAAUUGUCACUGUAAGUUUAACAUUUAUGUACAGAGUUUGUGCUUGCUAAAAGGGCAUCCGCAUCUUUCAUUUAAAGAAAACACAGUGAGACAGAGGCAUCUUAUUCUAUAACGGUCUUUCUUUUGUUUCUGGUUCUA